UUAUUUAUUUUUGGGCACUGGGGUAGACAUUUGGAACAAUGGACAACAAAGAAGAAAGGGCUGUGUCAUUAAAAGAUUUACCGGGUCUUCCUGAACUUCCAAAGAGUCUUAGUGGAUUAUUGAAUGUGAACAGUGGUACAUGGCGUGAAACUGGUCGUAUACAUGCACACAAAGCCAACAUACAACACAAUUUAGUGGCAGAAGCUAGGCGCAAGAAAACUCAACUGACUAGCAUACCUCCCGGAAACCUUGACGCUGGUUUGGCACUCCUUCGAAAGGAAAUGGUUGGUCUGCGGCAACUAGACAUGUCUCUUUUGUGCCAACUGUGGUCCUUACAUGAAUCCAUCCAGGAAUACAAGAGCAUGUUGUCAGCGGAAGUGGACAUGGAAGAGGAUGACACGGAGAGUGUGUCCAGCUUCCGUUUAUCUCUUUCCAGUACUUCAUCGUACAAUUGAAUUUCGUCCUUUUGAAGUCAUCCUUAACAUCACCGUUAAAACGUCCAUCAACUAGGAGACAGAACUGUGUGUGAUAGGAGGCUCGUCUCUUUCCAAUGUUGUACUGAACCAUGGAGGUGUGAGAAGGGAUUGAUGAGAAACGCUGGUCAAAGGUCAUCAAUUCGUCAUUUGUUUUGUCAAUGCACCGAAAAACUCAAGACAACUGUAGGAUGCUUUUGAAUAUCAAAUUAAUGCUUUUUCUGAUUUUAUUUUUAUUUUCUAUUUAUUGUAUUUUUCUAACUUUGUUUUUACUACUGUACUUUUAUGUAGAUUCAACCAGAAUAUGGUUUUUUAAAAAAAAUAUUUUUGAGUUCAUUUAACAAAAUUUUAAAAUGCUAACAGUUUGCCAAAAAUAUGUAUCCAUGUUUUUUUUUAAAUUGUUUAUAUAACAAUAUAGUUAAAUAAUGUAUUUUAAAAAAAGUAUAUUGUGCACUAUCCUUAUAUAAAUUUUUUGUAAGCUGGCUUGGGAUUAAGUCCCAUCGGAAAAAUAUGUUGUACUGUAUCAGGACUGUAUCCAGGAAUGCCAUAGGGGGUGUGGGAGUGUGCAAAUAUGAACAACUGUGGUAUGGGAUCACCUAGAAUCACUGACACGGUCAAAGUUCAGAGGCGGUUGGAUUGCAGCUUCAGUAUUUUAGGAGUUCUGACAGCUUUAUAAUCAAUUGAAGCUUUGUACUCUAUGACAGUGUAGGACUUCUAUAAUAUUUUCAUUAAUUUUGAUGAUAUGAAAAUGCAAUGUUCCCUCCUAUUGACUGGAGACAUUCUCGACCAUCUUAAAAAUGCACCCUACCCCCUGGACACUUACCUUGAGUAUACAGAGUAUACACUCAGGAAUGUAGUUGAAAGAAAUUCUUUAUAUUUUAAUCACUUAAUUUAAUAUGAACGUCAAGUACAUGCAAUAGAAAAGUUCUUAAACGUUUUAGUCCCCAGGUCCACUUCCUAACCCUAACCAUUAUGAUAGAAUGUACUAUAGCGUAUUUCAACAAUCUGCCUCUGUGUGCUUACAUUAUUAAUACCGGUCGUUGAAUCUAAAGAGCUUCCCUCGAUUUACAUGGUUUAUGGCGGGCUUAUACCUCUGUCAGUUAUUGCCAGCUAUCAAGAAUUUAACAAUUUUUGUCUUCCAGUUGAAGUUAUUGUCUUACUUAACACAAGACACAUUUUAGAAUUACUUUACUGCUGUUAUAUUUUAUGGACACUUUACAAUUUUACUAUGUGGUAUACUGAGUUAAAUUUUGUGCAGUGCUUAUGAAUUAUCUUUUGAUAGUAGAAUUGAAGAAACUAUCUUUUGAGAGGGAAAAAAAUGAUUAUUACCGAUUAUUUGUCGAAGAAUUUACUUUUUAAACCAUGACUUGAUGCAUUGAACAAUUUUACAGCUAGAUAAAGAUACAAAGAUUUUAUACUAAAACAAUAUUAAUAUGUUGUUAGUGCCAAAACCAUUAAACGGUUAUCCUGUCUUGAAAA